AUGUAAUUGCCAACUCGUAUCAUUGAUGGUCUUUACCUUGGAGAUUAGGGUGCAGCCCAUGAUCUAGAGUUCUUGGUGACUAACAAGAUAACCAAGAUAAUUAAUUGUGCUGCCAAACAUAUUCCUAAUCAUUGGGAAUCCAUCGGCAUUGAAUACUUGUCCUAUUAGUGGUUAGAAAGUGAAACCCAAUUUGCAUUCGACUAUUCCCGUUGUUUCGCCUUUAUUAAUGAUGCCCUUGAAGCAGGAGAAGCUGUUUUAGUUCAUUCUAUUAGAGCAUUCAAUCGUUCAGUUUUUGUGGUGGUUGUAUUUUUAAUGCGCAAAUUUAAAUGGACAUUAUAAAAGACUUUGCAAUAUAUACAAAAUCUAAAAAACGAUUUUGAAAUUAAAUCUAAUGUUGUUCGAUAACUACUCAAUUAUGAAAAGUGGCUUUAAGUGUCCAAGCUUAGUUAAAACUGGGAUGAUGCCUAAAAUGAUGAUGAAAUAUUAGCAAGAAACACCUAUCUAAAUAGCCAGCGAACAUAUUCAAACGAGCCUAAGAGGAAAAAGGAAAUUGGUGUUAAAAAAGUCUAAUGGAAAUAAGACCUAGUGUCUCAAUUCAUACCACCUUAUUAAUAAAUUGAAUUCAAAAAGUUCAGCACACCCCAGCCUAAAAUGAAAUAUUCAAACAUGCCUAUCAAACUUUUUGUUCAACCUUCUGAUAACAAUUGGAUGAACAAAAAAUACACUUUGAACUAAAUUGUGGAUGAAUAAUUAUAAAAAAAAUUGAAUCUAUUUAGCAUAAAAUCAGAUCGAUAAUCGAUAAAACCACUUGCCAGACCAGGUACAGCGCCUUCUAAUAGAUUACUAAAAGGCAAAGUUCUAACAUCAUCUCAUCGACUAUUAAUUAGAUAAUAUUGA